CUUACUUAGAAGAGCGGACUCCGCCGCGAGCCAGCAGUCUGGGCAAACCUUGCCGGACAGAACCGCGAGUCAGAGGUCCGGCAGCCAGGAUUUCACGCAGACCGGUACACCCGCGAACCAGGUAGUUGCGACGACGCCUACAGGGAUUAUGACCAACGCCAUGGGGCAGUUGACGUUGCAGGAUCAACAGCAAUUGCUCCAAUCCGUCCAGCCGACGCAGCAGCAAUGCGUGUUACUUUUGAGACCGUUUUGGAAGAAAUCGCUUCACGACAGGCUGCACUGCCGGCCGUUCUUGAAACAAGCGGAGAAGCACUACCUCGCGUUCCAAUUGCUGUUAGCCGUGAACCAGCUGCACAAAUGCGGAAUUCCACAUCUAGACAUCAAGUCGGAAAAUGUUUUUAUCGUGAAUGGUUCGGAGAGGUUGAUUUUGUCCGACAUCGCUUACCCAUUCAAACCGGUGUUUAUUACGGAAAGGAACCCGGCGGAUUUCUCCUUCUACUUCUCCUCUGCUUCCUUCUACUACGAACGAAGGGUUUUCCUAGCGCCGGAGCGGUUGCGGAGCGGAACUGAGGGAGAUAGCAGGAACAAAACUUCUUCCGGCUUGGAGUUUGCGCUCGUUUCCACAACUUCAAGUGGGUCUUCGUCGAGCAAAGAAAACGCGGCUUCAACAUCGCAACAGUCUAUUUACAAAAACGAAGAUCUCUAUCAACAGCAUUUCCAGCAAACGCUUGCCCCGAUGGACAUUUUCUCCGCUGGGUGUGUGCUAGCGGACCUGUUUCUAGACGGUAGGAGCCAAUUGAUUGUCGAUUUACCGGAGCUACUGCAGUACCGGAACAACCCGAAGCAGUUUUUUGAGGAGAUUUUGCAGCCGCGGUUGGAGAAGAUACAAGACACCGGGUCGAACAACGUCUUCAAAAACCUGAUCGCCCAAAUGGUACAAGCAGACCCGAGGAAGAGGCCAACCGCUUUUGCUUGUUUACAGCAAAUCUGCAGCGCUUCUUCCCCAUUACAGCAAAAUUUCAAUGUCGCGGGGUUGCACGCGUUUAGCACGAGUGUCGGUUUACACCCGUUGCUGCAGCACCCGGAUUUGUGGCUGUGCUAUUUGAGACAGAA